AUGUUCUCUGCCAGGAAGUUGUCCAGAGUCUGCAGAGCCAUCAGAUUCCAUCAUUUCAGAUCCCAUUCUGUAUCCAGGACCUUUUCAAACUUGGCUUUCGUGCCAGCCUGUCUUCCCCCAGAUCCUGUGGAAGUAGAGAAGCUGCAAUGCUUUGUUUCCAACUCCAAGAGGCUGUUUGUGAUGACUGGAGCUGGCAUCUCGACUGAAUCGGGGAUCCCGGAUUACCGCUCGGAAGGUGUGGGGCUCUAUGCCCGGACAGACAGACGGCCCGUCCAGCAUGCCGAGUUCGUGCGUAGUGCCAGUGCCCGGCAGAGGUACUGGGCAAGGAACUUUGUGGGCUGGCCCCAGUUCUCCUCCCACCAACCCAACACAGCACACCUGGUACUAAGAGACUGGGAGAAGCUGGGGAAGCUGCACUGGCUGGUGACCCAGAAUGUGGACGCCCUUCACAGCAAAGCCGGGAGCCAGCGCAUGACAGAGCUGCACGGCUGCACACACAGGGUUUUCUGCCUGGCCUGUGGAGACCAAAUCUUGCGCUCUGAGCUUCAGGAGCACUUUGAAGCUCUGAAUCCUACCUGGAAAGCUGAAGCAUUUGGUGUGGCUCCGGAUGGGGAUGUCUUCCUGACAGAUGAGCAGGUGCGUAACUUCCAAGUCCCAGCCUGCCAGAAAUGUGGUGGAAUCCUGAAGCCUGACGUGACCUUCUUUGGAGAUACAGUGAGCCGGGAUAAAGUGGAUUUUGUGCACCAGCGCCUGGCAGAAUCAGAUUCCAUGCUGGUGGCAGGAUCCUCUAUGCAGGUGUACUCUGGUUACAGGUUUGCUCUUGCUGCUCGGGAGAAGAAGCUGCCCAUUGCAGUCCUUAACAUUGGGCCCACAAGGUUGGAUCACUUUGCAUCCUUAAAACUGAAUUCCCGCUGUGGGGAGCUGCUGCCUUUGAUUGUUGUACAUGACUCAACAAGCUGA